AUGACAGACAAGCUCCCCGACCAAGCGGUGCAGGCCGCCGAUAAGGCCGUCGAGCAAGUCAAGCACGCCGCGGACACCGUCAAGCGCGAGACCCAAGCCCACGGCGGCGUUGGCGGCAAUGCGGCUGCAGCCGUAAAGCAAGCAGACCGCUUCAUCCUGCGAUUAAACAAACUCCUCGCCACCCCCGGCGGCCUCUCCGCCUUCCUCUCCACCUCAAACUACAUCCUUUACGUCCUCGCAUACCUCCAACCGCGCGCCUCACCCCUCUACACCCGCCUCCUCGCCGCGCUCAAACUCUCCUCGUCACCGGUUCCUCUCAAGGCCGACCCAAACAUCCCCCACCCCGUCGCCGCUCUCGCCCAGCUCCUCUCAAAAUGCCGCACCACUCUGCGCCUCCUCGGCACGCUGCCGCUCUACGCCUGGCUCCGCAGCCUGAUGGCGGGCCCGAAGCCGGGGAGUGAUGCGGUGCUGCACAAGAUCGCGGUCGCGCAGGCGAGUUCCUACUUCGCGUACCAGAUCCUCGAAAAUAUCUGCGUGCUCGCGGACAACGGGAUCGUGCCCGCAAGCUUCGUCGCGCGUCUGAACCGCAGCGAGCCCACCACCGCGCGGCUGUACACUACCGCGUACCGCUUCUGGCUCGUGGGUGUGAGCUGCGAUUUCCUGCGGCUGGCACGGGAGGCACAAAAUAUUAGCGCGAAGAGGGCGGCAAGGAGUCAGGGCGAGAAGGGGGAGGUUGCGACGAGAGACGAGGAUGCGCAGGUGGAUAAGAGGUGGUGGAUGGAUGCGGCGAUUGCGACGGCGUGGUUCCCCAUGGCGCUACAUUUUAGUAAUGUGACGGGCGGUGUGCCCGGGUGGCAUGCGGGGUGGAUGGGGGUGUGUGGGUUGGUUGCGGGCGGUGAGAGGAUGAGGGGAUUGUGGGCGGCUACGGCAUAG